AUGGAGUCACAACAGCGCUUCAACGUCGAGCAAGACUUCUACAGCCCCAUCCAACCCGGGGAGAUACGUGUACUGAAGGCCGUAUCGAUCAAAGACCUGAGCUUCGAACUUCAGGUGGUACCGCUCGACAAGCCUCCCAAGUAUGGCGCUCUUUCGUAUGUCUGGGGAGACUCUACGCUUUGCAGGCAGAUCCUACUUCAAGGCAAGCCUUUCUGGGUCACGGGGAACUUGUUCAUCGCUUUGGAUCGAUUUCGGAGAGGUUUUGAUGGUAACAGCGUUGCUCCACUGAAGAAACCUAUCUGGAUCGAUGCUCUGUGCAUAAACCAAAGCGAUUCAGAGCCGGCUACGGCGGAACGAGGCGCUCAGGUGCAGCGGAUGGCAGAGAUCUACCAUUCGGCCGAAAUGGUAUAUGCAUGGCUUGGUCAGCCCAGCGACGAGCGCUGUACCAGACUGGCAGCAGCCAAAAUGGCAGAGUUUGAGCGACUGUUCACUCGAUAUGUAGCCCUACGGAAGAAGUCCAAGGACUGGGAAGCAGUGUCCCAGACAUCCAACCUCUUCCAAGACUUAGCUAAUGCUGAUGCAAAGAAAUGGACCGGACAAGACGAAAGCACUAUCCAAGCAUGGCAAGGGGUUGCCCAGCUUUGGAAGAGUCAAUGGUUUCGGCGAGCGUGGACGCAGCAAGAAGGCACAGUGCCCGAGGUUGAUAAUCUGCUUACCCGCAGAUACGAAACAAUCCUUCGUAUCCCGAAGAAAAUGGUCGUCAAGACGCAUCUCCUGUUUGGUAAUGCGCACACAACUUGGACUGCGAUCACGGCUGCCUGGCAGGUCGGCGGUCUCAUUCUCAACGCUGACGUUCCCGGCUCUGAGCUGCUGAAAGACCCGGACUCAGACAUAGCCUUCCAGAGAUUGUUUGAGAUCCGCUUCGGACGGGCGUUGCGGCUCAAGGCCGUAGACCGAUUUGAUCUACUCGAAACCAUCAAUCGAUGGUACAUGCUACGUAAGAAGUCCUUGUUCACUGAGGCGGCCCCCAUGGAUCCGCUGGAGACAUUGAACAAAUUUCGUCUGGCGGAAUGUAGGGACGCGCGGGACAAGGUCUUUGCCGCCAUGGGUCUGCUGCCGUCGCUGCGAGCCAGGAUGCAGGUCGAUUACAAACGUUCCACGCUCGACACCUACAUUUGCGUGGUCUCAAGUCUGCUCGCCGCCCCCGGCGCAUCGCUCGACUUCCUCGGCUACGUGAACAGGACGCCUAGCUUACUGGCAGCCUUGAAGCAAAGGCGACCAGACACUGAGUGGGAGAACUUUCCCUCCUGGCUGCCGAACUGGUGCUUGCCGUUGAAAUUCCCUCCACUGCCAAAAGACCUGCACGUCGAGAUUACCAAAACGUCAGACGGACAUCCCCUGAAAGAUAAGACUAACGCGACCAAGGGCGACACUCGGACUCGGACUCCAGUGUACAAUGCCUGUGGUCGGCAACGCAGCCCAGACAUCGUCAUUCAGGGACGGCUGCUGCGAAGCUCGGGGCAGAAUCUCGACACUGUCAGCGGAGUCAUGUGGCUAGACACGCUGACCGAGGAAAGCAGUAAGGUCUUGGCUCGCUGGCAAAUAUCGACGGACAGAUAUCUUGACGACAAGGAGUUCUACCAAGUCAGAUACCAUGUCUCGUGCGCGGACGUCAAAUAUAAGACUGGCAUGGAGGUGUCUCCGGUCGAUCGUGGCUACGCAAUCGGCCCUCUGAUCUGGGCUGACAAGGCGACGCUUACCGAGGAGCAGCUGGUGGAGCAGUCGAUCAUGACGUACACGUACAACACCCUCCGAAGAUACCGUGCCCUGUGCAUUACGGCGCGCGGUCGUCUUGGGCUCGUGUUUGCCAGUACGGUGGUUGGGGAUAGUAUUGUGGCGCUUGCUGGGGGACAGGUACUGUACGUGCUUCGCCAUACGGGGACGGCGGAAGAGCGGGAUGAGUAUAUUGGGGAAGCUUAUGUUCAUGGUCUGAUGGACGGAGAAGUCGACGGCUUGGUUGAGAGGGGCGAGGUAUCAACGCAGACGUUUGUGAUUCAGUGA